AAGUGAAGCCAGCUUUCUCUGUGUGUGAGGACAUGUCACUGGCAACAAAAAAGCAAAGCAAAAAAAGACAUGAGACAAAGAAUAAGGCAAACAGCAGUGUUGGAGCUCGGGGGGGGGUCAUUACAGUCGGCAUGUGAGAACAGGAGCAGGGUCGGUCUCUGGAGCCAGCUAAUUGAGCUCGGAUGAGUGAGAGUAUUCACAGGACGGCAACGGAGUCGCAGCUGAGAUGACCCUGCAAGGGAAGAAGUCACAAUGGAGGCCUGGACUGGUGCUGUGCUGGUUUCUGCUCCAGAUCUCUGUGCAACCUGACUACCAUGUGUCAGCCGUCAACCUGCGGCACUUCAUUGGCUGUGCAGUCCGGGAGUUCACCUUCCUGGCCAAGAAGCCCGGCUGCGGGGGGCUGCACAUCACCACCGACGCCUGCUGGGGGCGCUGUGAGACCUGGGAGAAGCCGGUCCUGGACCCUCCCUUCAUUGAGUCCUUCCAGCGGGUUUGUACCUACAACGAGACCCGUCUGGACUCUGUGAAACUCCCCAACUGCCAGGCAAACGUCGACCCAACGUACACCUACCCCGUGGCUCUGAGAUGUGACUGUGGUGUCUGUCUGACCAGCACCACUGAAUGUAUAACAUCUGUGUAACACAAAUCUGAACAGGCAGGGAGUGGGGUAGAAAUUCAGAUCCAAAGAUAUAUUUCAUAUGUUGUUGGUUGAGUGAAAUGUUUGUGGACACAGUUAUUCUUCCCCCUUUUGACAAGUAGUUGCCUAAAACAAGACUUCAGUUAUUUGGCACUGCUUGUUAGAGACACUUCAUUCACUUAGAUAAUUGCUCCUGAAAAUGUUUAUGCAGAAAGAUUCAGUUUUUUUUAUGUUGAGAAAUGUAUUAAUUCUUUAUAUUUCUGUAAAUUUAAUGGUAAAUCCAUUAACCAUUAUAAAAUAAUGUUAUGUUAGAUUGCAAUCCUGCUUUUAAUGUAAUCCAAAAGUACUUUUAGCAAUUUUUUGUAUAUUAGAAUUACUUAAGUAAUUACUUUCCUGGUUUUUCUUUUAUCC